GACGCUGCCACACUGGACGCACAUUACGCAAAGUAAAGAGAAUCUGUGCACGAUACUGACGAGUGCGAAAAUGUCCGACGAUGACACACCACGUACAGCUGUGUCCCCGCCAUUAAACUGCGCAAAACCGGAGACCGCACCAUCAUCACCCGUUGAGUCAGAACAUCGCGAACAGCGGCAGCUCGCCGAAAAGGGGCAACCCGUGGUGGAGGAUGUGAAAGUGAAACGUGAAACAGAACGAGAAACAGAACCGACCGAACCGAACGGUGCUAGUAGUAGGGUGCUGCCGCCGCCGCUGAACCGACCGGAUGACCAUGAAGCGAUAACGAACAGGCAACGAAAAUGCGUUCAAUUUACGACCCCAGCAGCGGCGGGCAGCGCGACUGCCGACGACACGCUGCUCAAGUUUAUCGAAGGUGAGGAAAUAUUGGACAAAGAGAACCCGUUCAAAACCGACGAGCUGGCGAGCGUGCUGGAGAAGCAAUACGGUGCCGCACACCGCCAAACGAACAGUGUGCGCGAUAAAACUUUUCCCGGUAACGCUGCCAGUAUCGACGAUGAUGAUGACGAUGGCGAAGACGACGGUGGCGAUAAUACCGACACCGAUCUUGACAGCGAUAACGUGUUCAUUACGAAGGAGGAAGUGCUGCGACAGUCCAAGUAUGUGAAGACCUACAUUAAAAAUCCUGAUAAGCAGCUCAAUUAUGAUAAAAGUGUAAUCCAAAAGCUGAACGCGCUCAAGGCGAAGGGGCGACAGGUGCGGGACGUUGUGGUGAUGGACGAUACCACAUCGUCACCGCCGGGCGUGAGACCGCCAAUUCCGGCCCCCCGCAUGGUACACCAGCGGCAGCAGCUGAGCGAUCGAAACAAUAACAGCAGACGGCAGCAACGCUCACCGCAAACCGUAUCACCGCGUGGCGGAAACCCGAAACCCGUGCCGCGUGCUAGACGAUACGACUAUGCGGAGGUGAAGGUGCGCAUCGGUUCGGCCGAGACGGAAGAGUCGCUGUACGACUCGAAUGAGGUCGUCCAGAACGCGCUCAAGUUCGACAGUCGGUUCAGGAAGGUGGAGUUUGGGUCGCAAGACGAUAUAGACACGAUCGCCGAGCGAACCGAGGACGGAAGCGAUCAAACGGUUGGCCAAGACACACCCGAAACGACGGUACAAAGCCGCGAAAGUCCGUCGAAAUCCGUGAGUGCGGGCAAAGGGUCGGUGAACGCCAAGAAGGAUCAGCCCGAUGGGCGAAAGUCGACCUUUGCCGAGGAUGUGAAGAAAUCGUUCUCCAACACGGUAAAAAGUGCCGACUUUCGGAAGUACCUGCAAAGCAAGGGACUCUCCCUGGUGCCGGCCAAGCCGAAAGCUAUCGAAGGUUCCCCGCGCGUCAGUGGGCCGGCGGAGUCGACGGAAUCGGUCGGCAAGAGCCUUCGACUGUCAGCAAUCUCGACCAGCAGUACACCGGCCCGGCUGCAGCAGGCCAAACCCUCGGUGCUCGCGCGGCUCUUCCAGAGCAACGGGCUGUUCACGCCCAAAACGCCAAAUGAGCCGGCCUACUCGGCGGUAUUUGCCCGGUCCUCUACGCCCGUGCUUCCAAGCUCGCAACAGGGGCGCCUGACUCCUCGCUCUCAGCUCCCGAUGCGCUUCGGCAGCUUUAACGGUUCGCUCAAUAGACGAUCCGCUGCGACAGCGGAUGUUAAACCAAAGGUUAAUUUUAAACAGUUGGUAGACGGGCAGGGUGAAACAGUGGCCGCUCCCGUUCGCCGUCCCGCUUCGGUGAACGAGUUCGAACGGCCGAAGCUGCGCACACACUUUGCCAACAGAUCGGUGUCGUCGGUCGACUCGCUCAAGCGUCCGAUGAGGAAUGCCGGCGUGCAGGUCAAUCUAGCGGCCAACGGUGGGCCCAACAACAGUCAAAUCAUACCCACCAACCACCAGAUAGUGCCGGUGGCGCAGCAACGGCCCGGCAGCUGGCAGGGUGCCGUUGCCGUUCCGCACUCGGGACAGCCACCAGUUGCGAUGGUGCAGUCGCCGCCACAACCGCCUCCAGGGGCCGCCUAUCAGUUCAUCCGUCAGCGACCAGAUGCGGCACGGUUUUACGGUGGCGGAUCGACGCACACGGUAGCACCCCUCUACUCGGAACCGUUGCGCGAGCUGCCGAUGAUGGUGCAGGAUGAGGUAGAUUCUGGCUUCCGGUCCGCGGUAGACAACGGCUAUCAUAUUUACGAGCAGACGCCGGAUAAUUUGCGCCGCAGCGAGCUGGUUUACGGUAAAAUCGGUUACCUUAGCAACACGCAGCUGAACCGUUGGCAUCCCCAGGAUCGCCGCUCGUACAGUAGCAUGCAGGAGGGCGUAGCGGGUACGGGCAGCAACGGUGGUACGUACGGUCGCCUGAGACCGGUGUACGUGUCCUCCCCACUGUCCACCCAGUCCACGCCGGUGCGCCGCGCCUCGGACGUACUCGAUCGUGAGCAAAUCCUUCACCGGAUCUACGACUUCUGUCGCCGAUCGAUACGAAACAGCAGCAAAACGAGCGUGAAUUCGAACCAUACAGAACCGACCUACCAGAGCAGCAACGGUACGCCCGGCACGACGAAACUCGUGCCCAGCGGAACAUUCCCGAUCGAACGGCAACGGGUGCAGCGCGUUCAAAGCUUAAACACGCCACGACCGCUCGCUCCGACGAAUCAGUACGGCACGGGCCGCUAUACGCGGGCCGUAACCGCCGUUCCGGCUGCCCCAAUGCACUACCAUCCUUCCAACAGCCAGCCUAUCGUUACGGGGCGUCAGAAUCAGCACGAGCGCAACAUCGAGAAUAUCUACGCGUUUGUCAACAAAAAGAUGGUACAGAUGAAUGUGGGCGGAGGAGAUGACCGGAGCGUAAGAUCGGUACAAACCUCGGCACCCUCCACCCUGCGCCGGGUGACAUUUUCGAGCACAGACCGACCACCGGGCGUGGUGAUGACCGAUGGGCUCGAUGAAGCGGACUACGUUAACAUUCGUGGUGCUCCCGAUGGGCUACUAACAUACGGAAUUGGUUCACUUUGAGUAUGCUUUUACCACUAGUACAUGCCUGGAGCUUUUCUUUAGCAGCAGAAGUAAGCUUGCCCGCCUACCAGUUCGUUCGCUGUCGAAGGGUGUCUGAUCAUCAUACCGCACACAUACUCAUCUCGCAUACCUUUGUACCCAUUUUCCCUCCUCCCCCCCACAUUUUACAAUGCCUUGACUCCAUCAUGGUUUUUUCCUCCGUUCGUCGAGCUGUACCAUAACCUACCUCACGUUGUAUAGCUUUGUGCAGGUCUCGUUUGAGUUCCGUUUUUUUUAAUUUAUAUGUUACGUUACGUCGUUUAUUUAUUUAUUUUGUUUUUUUUUUUAUAUUCUGAAGUCGAUCUUUUUUACUAGUUCUUUUUUUUAACAAUUUACUUUCAACCAUAAUUUAUUCCUCGAUCGGUUUGGAUGUGGAUUGUGUUACAAAGAAAUCCAAACUUAAAAUUCAGUCAUCAUUUCAAAUGAGGUUCACAGUUCUUUUGUCCUUCUUUUUGUAUGUUCUAUACUUUGUAUGUUUGUUUUCUGUGUUUUUCAAUUUGCUUUCUUUCUAUUUGUGCUUUUUUCAUAAUACCCUUUUUAAUGUCUUGUGGACCGUGUGUCUUUCUAUGUUGUCUCUCUCUUUCUCUCUUUCACUACCACUUUCCCCUCCCCCUGUUGGUUUUUGUACAUCUUCAUCAUCCGUUUUUGCAGGUAUCCAGUACAGAACGACACAAUGCUGAGAGAUUUCAAGUGGGCGCCUGUGUUGGGCGUUUUCGCUAGAAUAAGCCAACGUGUAGUAACCGUAACUGUUCGUUCGUAAGCAGAACCGUGAUAGCAACACACCGCUAAAAUGAUAACAAAACAAAUAUGAAAGCAAUAUACAUACAGUAUUCUAAAUUUGAACGCUAACGACGCACCAGACAAACAAACAUGCUAACAAAGCUAGAAGCAGAGACCUUUUUGAAUCCUAUUAGUAUAUAUAUAACACAAGGCAUAGAGUUUUGCUAAACCGUUUUUUAAAACAUAUAUAUAAUAUAUAUAUUGCGCGCAUAUACCUACUAUACAGACUACAUUCAUAAAUAAAGAUGAAAAGCAAAACAAACAUUUUAUACACCAUUUUAUAUAUUUUGUAUAUUUGAAAAUAAACUAUUGUGACACCAUUUGGAAGCGCUUGAA